AUGGGUGCUGCCUGUUGCGUUGCUGCAAAGGGUAGAACUGUCACAAAUGGGUCACCCGGUGAUAAUUUGCAGAGGCACACACACUAUUCACCUAGUUGGAGCUUCAGAUGGGAUAACCGUGGACGAGUAGCAGGUGAAGAGACCCAUUCUAACUGGGCGAAUGAUGAAGUGUGUGGGGAAAAUAGGAUGGGAGUAAAAUUUGGAGCAACUGUUGCAGCUGCCUUUGCUUCUGAGGAGAAUAGUCCGUUUGAUGGGUUUAGGUCAUCAAAUACUUGGCGAAAGUCCCCACAUUUUGAAGGAAAUAGUGGAACACUAAGGCUUCAAUCUUCUGAUCAAGCUGUACCACAGAAUAUUCCAGAGAUAAACGAGUCCACAGAUUCCCCAUCUGUCUCAUAUUCGCCCCCUCUGAAACUCUCCCCCUCGAUCCCUUCCCUCUCGUCCAAGUCAGCAUCCCCUCUAUCCUCUCGGAACCACAAUCUCCUUUUCCCGCCAAACUCCUCAACCCCUUCGAGAUGGCACUACCACCGUUCUUCCCCGAGACACCCGCUCUUCCGCCAGGUGUCGGAAAGCAGAAUUAACAAAUCACCCUCCUUCUCGAUAUCCGAGGAGCCAGCUCCUUCCUGGGCUAACGACUCGACCCGGGUCUCCUCUCAAGGCGGGUCAUCCGACAGCUGGUCGAUCCCUACUCGUCGCGAAAGGUGGUCUUUUGACAGCGAGGCAUCGGGCUUUAGCCGAGACAGAUUCACAGCAAGGUUCAGUGGGCCCCACUCAGGCCCGACCUCUUUAGACCUUCAGACGUGCGGUAUUUGUACUCAGCUUUUGACCGAGAGGUCUUCUCACAAGCUGAUGUUCUCGAACGAGCUUGCUGUGGUCUCUGUUCUGACCUGCGGUCACGUUUACCACUCAGAUUGCCUCGAGUACAUGACUCCCGAGGUAGAAAAGUACGACCCAGCUUGCCCGGUUUGUACCUUUGGGGAGAAACGAGCCUUGAAGAUGAUGUCUGAGAAGGAUUCGAAGACUCGGAAAAAGUCGAGGAAAGUACGUGUGGUUGAUAGUGAUCUCAGUGGAGAGAUUGUGUUUGAUCGUUCAAGAAGUGGUGUGUCGGGCAGCUCGACAAGAAAGCCGUUCUUGAGACGGCACUUCUCGUUUGGCACGAAAACGAACAGGCAGUUGACUGACCGUCAGUCGAAUCCGAGGAGGGGGUUUUUCUGGGCGAAGUCGAGCAGGGAGUGA